GUGCAGGUGCUGUGACAUGAUUGAUGCCGUUCUCGUAGGAGAGAACUAGUAACUUCUUCUUUCUUAGAAAUAGGAGAAAAUUUCCAGCAUGGCAGGCAGGAGGACGCCCACGAGUUCUUACGCUGCACCAUGGAUGCCAUGCAGAGAGCUUGUCUGAGAGGAAACAGCGACUUGGACAUGUCCUCUCAAGCAACCACCAUCGUCCAUCAGAUCUUUGGGGGCUUUCUGAGAUCCAGAGUCACAUGCUGGAGCUGCCAAGCGGUUUCCGAUUCCUACGAGGCCUUCCUGGAUGUUCCUCUGGAUAUCAAAGCAGCCGCAUCUGUCACCGCAGCUCUGGAAGACUUUGUGAAACCGGAGCACCUGGAUGGUGAAAACUGCUUUAAAUGUAGCAAGUAAGGCCAUUAUUGAUGAUGUAUUCA